AUGCACAGGAGUCGCCUCUCCAGAGAUAUAAUCAGCAACCUACCAGAUGAACUUCUUUGUCAUAUCCUUUCGUUUCUUCCCACCAAAUUUGCUGUGGGAACUAGUAUCCUAUCAAAAAGAUGGAGGUACCUUUGGGCUUCUGUCCCUAUUCUUGAUUUUGAUGAUGAGUUAUGGCUGAAUCCAAGUACGCUUGUUGAACUUGAAGAAAGAAUAACUAUGUUUCAGAAUUUUGUGGAUGGAGUAUUGCAUCAUAGCGAGGUCUCAUGUAUUAAAAAGUUCCGACUCGGUUACCGUGAUAACAAUCUGGACAGUGUUUAUUCCUGGAUCUGCAUUGCACUUGAGCGCCGUGUUCAAGAGCUUGAUCUCCACUUACUUAUAGACUGGGGUGUUGAAUUGCCACCUAUGUUUUUCAUUUGCAAAACACUAGUGGUUGUGAAACUGUCGUGUGCACUUUUUCUUGAUAUUCCAACUACAGUUUGGCUUCCAAGUCUCAAGGCUCUCCAUCUUAAGUCAGUUGAAUAUUCAGAUGAUGACUCAAUCCAGAACCUUCUAUCUGGCUGCCCAGUUCUGGAAGAACUAGUCAUAGAGAGAGAAGAACGGGAUAAUCAGUGGGUUGUUAAUGUUUCCAAUCCCUCAUUGAAAAUUUUGCGCAUAUUUUUUUUCACAGAUGGAUUUGGACACCCAUAUGAACAAGAAGAUCAAGACUAUAAAGUUGUGGUUGAUGCCCCAAAUCUUGAAUACCUUAGUAUCACAGAUUACUUGUCAAAGGACUAUUUUGUGAAAGAUUUACCUUCCUUGGUUAAAGCAUUUAUUGAUGUUGAACAAGAUAGUGAAGAAUUUGAAGAAAGUCCACAUAAUGGUGGCAUAUCAUAUCAUGGUCCUAUUUAUGAGCUUCUUGGAAGGAUCUCAAAUGUGAAGUGUCUAUCACUAACUGGCGUAACUUUAGAUUCACUGAGUGGCACUAUUGGUGACUAUAAGCUCCCUACAUUUCAUAAUAUGACCCGCUUGGAGUUCUUGUUUAUUGGCGGCUUCAACUGGGACUUCUUGCCCAACUUUCUUCAUAGCUCACCUAAUCUUGAAGCUCUUAUCAUUGAAACUGGUUAUACAAAUGAACUUAUACCUGAAGGUUGGCUGAUGCCGCUUCAAGUGCCUGCCUGUUUAGUAUUGCAUCUCAAGGAAAUUGAAAUUAGGAGGAUUGUUGGCGAGGACUAUGAGCUUGAAGCAGUAGAGUACUUACUGAAAAAUGCAGAAGUUUUGCAGCAGAUGACAAUAGAUUGUCAUGAGUCGUCCAUGGACCAAGAGUUUUGUGGUAUUGAAAUUGAUCCAGAGAAUAUUAAAGCUAUUGUUGAUUGGACAGUACCAACAAAUAUCCAUGAGGUGGCUAACAAGGCAUUUGAAGAAAUCAAAUCCAAGAUGGUGAACUCUCCUAUCCUACGUCUACCAAACUUUGAGAAAGUAUUUGAGGUGGCUUAUGGUGCUUCCCAUAUGGGAAUUGGAGUAGUUCUUAGCCAAGAGGGACAUCUCGUGGCUUUCUUUAGUGAGAAGCUCAACGAGGCGAAGAAAAAAUACUCUACAUAUGAUCUUGAAUUCUAUGUGGUGGUGCAAGCAAUUAGGCAUUGA